AUGCUUUCUGGAAUUAUUUCUUUUUUAAAAAAAAUAUUUUAAAAACAAAAUGUCUUACUGUAUAGACUAGAAGAUGAUCAAUAAGAAGAUGAAAAGUAUCAAAUAUUUUAGUUAUAAUUUGAAUAAGUGAUGAAAAAGACGCACCGUAGCUACGAAAAAUCUUUAUUAGAUUAUAAUAGAGCCAAAAAUUUAAUUGAUAUUCUGAGCAAUUCAGAGUUAAAAUUAGAUGAAACUCCAUAAUUAAGCACUAUUUUCAAAGGAUUGCUAUAAAAUAUUUAAGAUUUACAGUCUAAUUCAAGAAAAUCCCUCAAUAGUUCAUAGGUUUUGAUACUUAUCAAAGAAUUCAUUCAGAUUCACCAGAAAAUGAUAGUUUAUUUAGCAAAAAUUUGUAAUUCUUCAAAGCCUGAAUUGAAUGUGGAAGACUUUGAAAAAAUGAUUUAAGAAUUAAAAAGCUAAAAUGAAAAGAUAAAUCUAUUAAUAACUUAAUUGCAAUUGAAUUAAUAACAAAUUUCAUUAAAAGAUUAUCAUGAGAAUUUCACACAAUAUAUAAAAUCAUUAUCUAAUUUUGAGGAUAUAAAUGUUUAAUAGUUAAAAGAUAUCAAAAAACAAAAAAAAAGUUAGAAAAAAGAAUAAAUAUAAUUAGACUUGUAAGAUGAUUAAAAAAUGACUAACAAAUUAAAAAAAGGAUAUAAUAUAAUGAAUGAUGAUGAUGAUGAUAAUGAUAAUGGUGAUGAUGAUGAUAAAAAUAAUCUUUAAGAAAAAUAUUAAAAAGAAAUUAAUUUUAUUAAAAAAAAUAAAUAAUUAAAAGAUAAAAUUGAAUUGACAGAAAAAAAUUUAAAUAUUAUUUAAUAAGUUUUAUAAAGUAUUAAAAGUUUUAACUUUUGCAGAUUAGAUUAGGAAAACGAUUAAAAUAAAAAGAUUAGUUUUAUUGAUGAUAAUCUAAGAAAUAUUAUUCAAAAUUACUCAGAUGUACUUUUAAUACUUUUUAAUUUGAAUAAUAUUUGCAUUCUAAAUAUUUAAGAAAUAAACCGAAUAUUGAGCUUUUAAGACAUAAACAAUGAGCUAAUAUUAGUAAAAUUAAAUUAAAUAAUACUAGAUUCAAAUCAAACAAAUUUUACAGAUAAAUAUGAACUGUAAUAAAAAAUUAUACAGAAAAGUAAUAAGAAACUUUUUUUUGAAUGCAAUCUUAAUUUAGGACUUUUUAAUAAAAUAAUAUAAAAAGUUUCUAUUUAAGAUAUUUUAUUUUUAAUUUCUUUGGAAAAGAAGCAAAGAAAAUAAUACAUUUUAGAGCAUGUUGAAGAUAUCAUUUAAAAAGACUAUGAGUCUGAAAAACUUAAAUAAUUACUAAAAUUGAAUUAAAAAGAAAUAUAAAAGGCUAAAAUUCAAAAAUAUGAAAUAUUAGAUCUUAAAUCUUUGCUACAAUAAGAAAAAUAAUUAAAAAAAUAGUUAAUCUAAUCUUAAAAGUCUUUUAAAAAGGCACAUAAUAAAGAUAUUAAAUUAAUUGAAGAAGUAAUAACAACUUUGGUUAGCGAAAUAGUAGUUGCAAUUAAUAAAAUAAAUGUUAGCUACAUAUAAACAAAUUUAAGAUAUUACAACAAUUUUGUGAAUAAAAUAGCUGAUUUACUUAAAGAAUACUAUUUUGUCUUUUAGAUUUUUGACUAAGAGAAUGAAAAAUCAACUAAAUAUUUUAUUUGUAAUUCUUUAUUGAAAUUUUUAUUCAAAUGA